CCUCUUCCUCUCCAGACCUCCCCCCUCCUCAUCCUACCACGUCUUUUGACAACUAUGGGUGACUGAAGUUGGCGCAACUGGAAUACCUCCAAUAUGUCAGCCCCAGAUGCCACCCCGACUGCCCCGGCGCCGGAUGCCCCCGAUGCGCCCGAUAUCCACCCCGUGGUUCGCACUGCUCUGCGCAUUAGUCUGAGUGCCAAAGAAUACCGGGCGCUCUACAGCCUGGUGGGUAAACGGGCCCCAGGUGUCCAAAGGAAAUUGAUCUCGCCGUCGCAAUAUGAUGCGAUCGCCCACUCGAAGAACCGACGCAAUGAGGCCGCCGUUCGCGCGUCGUUGCGGGUGUUUGUUGGCACUGGAGCUGCCCUGAAGCUGGUGGAAACGAUUAUCAGUCGGAUACGAAAGACCACAGAGCAGAAGAAAGUCCGCACCCCGCUACUCCGCUCUCCCAACUUCCGCCUUUCUCUGUCCCUGUCCCUCGUGCUUCUACUCCAUCGUCUGCUUUACCGUUUUCUCGUUCGAAUCCGGGCCAACUUGUGUACCGAUGAUGCGAAACCAUUCCGUGAGCGAAACCCGCGUGUCGCGCGCGCGUUGACGUCGCGGUUUUCACCGGCCGUGGGCGCAAGUGUGGCAGGCUUCGCUUUGGGAAUAUGCCCUCAGGACCAGCUCCGGCUGACUGUGGCAAUCUACACGGGAACAAGGAGUUUAGAAUUCCUUUAUAAUGUCAUGGAUUCGAAGGGGUGGCUGGAUAACCGCCCGUGGUGGUUCGGCAGCUGGCUGCUGAUGCCAGUCUCGUGUGCACAGCUCUUCCAUGCCUUUGUCUUUGAUCGAGAAAACACACCAAAGUGGUUUGGCAAUGUCAUUCUAAGGCUCUCGCCGAGCUACAUUCCAGGCCGACCGGAGGCACUACCAGAGGGCGUUUCCUGGCCGGAGAAGGAUCAGAUCUUGGACUCGCUUGCUUCCAUUGCGAGCCUGCGUUGGCCGGCAUUUAUCUCUCCAACCCUUCACCCGUCUGACCCUAAUACACUGCCAUUAUCGGUCAAGUCCAUCUCCCCGAUUACUGGGCCUGCUCACCCAUCGAUCGCUCAUUUAUCCUGCGCUUUGCUCCACCCAAGCGUCCCCAGCUGUAACACCGCAUUCGUGCAUCACAUCCUCCUCUCGGUGCCCCCCUUGGCGCGGUUCCUCACCGCCGUCAGUCUCGCGCUGACCAUUCCCAAGUUGAAGACUGUCCUGGCGCAGCCCAUUACUUCGAUCAAUAGCUUGUCGAAGAGAAUUAUUACCAUGACUGCUGUCCUCUCGGCGGCCGUGGGUUCUGCUUGGGGCAGCGUCUGCCUUUUGAACAAUACCCUGCCCCGCUCGACACUCCCGACCAAGCGCUUCUUCCUUAGCGGUGCUCUGGGUGGUCUUCCAUUUGCACUUUUGGCAAACAGCCGCAGCGUGUUUAUGUAUUUCUUCCGCGCUGCGGUAGAUUCGGCUUGGAAGACUGGUGUCAAGCACGGACUGUGGAAGGGCGGCCGGGCUGUUGAGUUGUGGCUGUUUGUGCUGUCUUGGGCUCUCAUGGGAUCAAUCCUCGAGGCUCACCCAUCAGCUGUCCAGGGCAGGGGUCUACGAAAGGCACUGGCAUGGUUGCGAGGAGACGGGUUUGUCGACCUUGAAGAGGUUGAGAAGCGCAAGGCACGACGGGCGUUGAAGAAGGCGGAUGCAGAAGCCAAGGACGAAUAA